AUGGAUGCCCUCUUCCUCGCGAUCUGCGUGCAUCAUAAUAUACUCGUUGGGCAGAGCGGGUUCUUCACCGCCAAGCACUCAGACCGCUGGUCCAAUCAGCGGUGGACAUUGUCUCACAUCAACCAGAUCUCCGACUGCAACAACGUGGAGAUGGACACAGCGGCGGCUCCGUCCCCUGGUCGACACCUUGCUGGUGCUGACAGGCGCACUCUGUGUCGCUGCAGCAGAGCAGCGCCAUACACAAUUCGCCACCUUGGCCGCCCUCACUCUGCUUAA